ACUCCGUAGCAAGCCACGUCAGGCCUAACUUUUAGUUUAAAGUACUCGGAUUCUAUAUCUGCGUAAAUUUCGAGCUGUAAUAAUUUUAAUACCGAAAGUUUAACGUCCGACUUUUCGCCCACGUUGAGUAAUUGUGGUGGUAGUAUUGAUCAGAGCCUCCAUUUUGUGCCGGUGGCCGGUUCUAGGCUGUUUCCUGUAAAAUCAAUGCGCUCGCUCGAGGCUCGGGUGAUCGCGGAAAGCGUGUCCGUCCGUUUUUAUCAGUUUUUCGUGUUAUUAGUAUGUGUCGGUUCGUUCGGUACUAUCACCGUUGAUGGUAAGCUUUUUUAAUUUCAACAUGCCGUGCCGCUCAUUCAUUUUUCCAUAGUGUUUUCCUGUGUUGAUUCCGAAAAAUUUCCCCGUGUGAGGCCCGUCUCAUGGAAGACCUCUUGAUGGCGGUUCCAUAAGGCGUGUUGCAUUGUAAUCUCUCGUUAUUAUUUUUCCAGUGGAAGUUGUGGAUUUUUUUGAAUUGUCGGUGUAUGAAUGGUUUCUCUCGCAUAGUAUCCAUGCAGUUGCCGCUCGCUAUAAUCCUCGAGAGAAAGAAGACGUUAGUGUAAUCUCAUUCUGACCAUGUGAAUCAUAUCCUUUGACCCACUUUUCUCGUUGUCUGUGGCUGAAUUAUACCGGAUUCUCUCCCGGACGUGCAUAUUCCUAAAUGUUAAAUCAGUGGAACUACUGUUUAAUCUUCGGUUUGUGCCUCCACAGGAGCUGAGAAAGGUUUUUCCUUCGAAUUAUUCCAGCACAAGGUCAUUAGGUGGUUCGCUUAUUUGCAAGCAGGUAUCGCUUGAUUCAAAAUGCCUGCGUCAAGUUUAGAUCCUAUAAGCAGCUCGAUUCACUCUAGCAUUGAAUCGGGCAGACGAGAGUGCAACUUGGAAAAUCUUAAUACCCAAGUCACCAUUUCGGCAAAACGUGUGCUUUUGCAUCCAAUCGAGUACAAAGAAACGACUGUGCAGAACUCAGUGCUUACCAGUCCGCAGAAAAGCAAGUAUCUCAUACUUAAAACGUCAACUCCCAGUCAAAACCAGAUCAACGGUGAUGACCAUCGGAAGGCGGAUGUUAAGACUAAUGGCAGUUCGCAGGACACUUUGCCCUUACCAAAACACACCAUCUACCCUCCUGAAAACAUCAAGUUGGGCUGGCAAGGAAAAGAGCCUGUCGGGUCAGGUUUUCUAAACCUUGGCAAUACUUGCUACCUCAACAGCACUCUGCAGGCACUAUUUCAUGUUCCUGCUUUUGUCAAUUGGCUCAGCAAUGAUCAGAAACAUUUCAGUAGUUGUGAACAAAAGAAUGGUUUUCUACACAACGAGUGUAUGGUCUGCGCAUUACGGGAUACUUUAGUUGCAUCACAGAAGAGCACCGGCAGUGCGAUAAGGCCAGUCCACAUAACCACAAAAUUAAAAUCUAUAUGUAAACACUUCCAGUUUGGUCAUCAAGAAGAUGCCCAUGAAUUUCUACGUUAUCUCAUAGAAAGUUUAGAAAAGUCUUACCUUGCACCCUUGCAACCAAUUAAAUUAGAUAAUUACUCUAGAGAAACAACUCCUCUCAAUCAGAUUUUUGGAGGUUAUAUCAGGACAGAAGUAACUUGUCUGGAAUGUCAAUAUGUGUCAACAACCUUUCAACACUUUCAAGACCUCCUCCUGGACAUCCGGCAAGCAAGCACGGUAGAUGAUGCUCUGGAAAAUUAUUUCAGUAAAGAGCGACUGGAUGAGGAGAAUGCCUACAAGUGCGAACACUGCCGUCGAAAAGUCUCCGCCCACAAAAAGUUCUCUAUUGAAAAACCGCCCAAUGUCCUCUGUUUGCAGUUGAAAAGGUUUAACACUCUUGGAGGAAAAAACACCAAAGCGAUAACAAUUAACCGAAAUUUGGAUUUAAGCAAGUUCAGACCCAAAGGAACUCACAACUCUCAACAAUUAAAAUAUAAAAUAGCUUCAAUUAUUAUGCAUUACGGAACCUCAACUAGUUGUGGACACUACACAGCAGUUGCAUAUUCCUCGCAAGGGGUCCUGUAUGCAUUUGACGAUUCUUCUGUUUAUUCAUCUACGUUUUCAAAUGUCAGCGCAACUGCCUACGUAAUCAUGUAUGAGCUGGAUCAACCCUCGCCAGUAAUGAGAACAACGAAAAGCAUUUCUAGUUCCAACGUUUACAUGAACGGAAUAUCUUUGAAACAGGAGAGCCCGUCCACACACAGACCAGUAAAGAGGGAAAACUCGCCAAGCAUACUCAGGCCUAUCAAACAAGAAAGUUCGUCGUUGCAUCGACCCUCCUUCAGUGCAAUAAGUUCAUCAAUAUCGCCCCUGGAAAGGCCUGACAGCGAUAAAAAAUCGUGGAAGCAAGGCAAAGUGCACAACUCCAAUGGGACGCACCCUCAGCCGACCCAACUUGCCCCUGCCUCAUCCAACGCCGCAACCAGCGCAUCGCCCUCACCAACGUCCAGUAAAAGCCUAGUUCCUUACAUGUCCGACUCGGGAAGUGACAGUGACGCGAGUGACUCAGUCAAGUACCGGACUAACGGGCUGAGCAACGGUCACACGUCGCCAGUCUCGCUUUCGCAAAGUUCGAACACUCCGCAGUUUAAAUUAAGUGCAAAUGAUAAAUUGCAAAAUCCUAGUCAAGAAUCAGUUGCAAGUGUGAGCACAACGGUGCAAUCAAACGGGUGGUUGGUGACGGACUCGCCAGUCAAGUCGAACGGGAGCGCGGGCGCUGGUGCCAAGCCCGUCGAGAGGGGAGUCGGUCAUUGGAGUGUCACUGAGGCCAAGCGUUCGGAAGCGAAUGACCAGUCACACACAAACGGCUCAAGUAAUCACUGUUGGCGGAAACCCUUCCCACCAGAAAAUGGACUAAGUAAUCAUAUCAACGGUAACAAUAAUAGCAGUAACGGUAGCAGUAAUCCUAACGUCAACGGCAACGCAAGUAAUUGCAACGGUAGCUCAUCAAAAUCAUCUGUACUGAGUCAUUUACAGAAUUCUUCCCACCUUGGAUAUGGGAACAAAGUUAACUCUUGGAACGGGUGUCAAAGUACUGUAAAUCGUGAUGCAGAAAGGGAUAGGUUAGAGUCAAAUAAGCGAUCCUACAGUCAAGCCUACAAUUCGGACUUCGAUCGGGGCAAGGUGAAGAAAAUGAAAUUUAAUAAUGGUAAGUCAGAUUACUCUAAUGGCUAUGACAAGUCGCGCUUCCAAAAAGUACAUCAGCGCCCACACUACCACAACAAAUGGCCAAGAUCUCAACCUUACAAUAACUACCGCAAACACAAUAACAAUUCUUUCCGGCCACCGCACAAACAUAAUGGUAACCAUCAUGGCUUCCGUGAUAACUUCUGGCGGAGGAAAUGAUUUUAAUUAAGGAUAUCCUGCUCGAAUCUUGAGUUUUGUUGAUGUAAUAUAUGUUACUUUGUUAAUUUUAUUUCUAUCCAUGAAAAUUGUCCGCAAAUCGCGGUUUUUUUAUUCGAAGAGGACCCUGUCUAUCGAUUGCUUCUCUUGACUGGUUUUAUUUUACUAUGUUUUACAUUUUACCACAGGUUUGACAGGAAUAAUCAUCUAAAUUCUGUCUAGAUUUUAAAUUUAUUGUUUUCUGUUCUUUUAUUUUUAAUCUGAAAAUAAGUAGGAUUAACGUCUCUCAGAAUAUAAGUUUGCUUUCACCUAAUUUUCAAGCAUUAAUUUGUAGAGAAAAAAAUUGGAAGAAGUUCCCUACCUCUCUUUUACCCAAGAACUCUUUUCAUCAUUUAACAUAUUAUUUUUCCCUCUUUCUUGUGCAUCUUUUAUUCUGGAGAGAUUGUCUUGCGUCUUAGUGGUCCGAGUGUUAUUCUGAUUUAGCUUGAUGCUUUACUCUCAUGGGCCUCUGAUAUGAAAGGAACUGAGCCACACCCAGUGACUGGGGUUUGCAUUUAAUACCAUAGUCAACUCUCCAAGAUCCAAGCUUUUGUUUCGUAUGGUCUCAGUUAAAAACUUUUUUUUUAUUCCACCCAAGUCUUAGUGUUCUCUGCUAUUGAAUUUUUAUUCGUGAUUUUUCCACAUUGUUCAUCGUUAGCAACACAUUUGAUGCCAAGUGUCAACUCUCAGUACGUGUCCUCUCCGUAAUUUAGGUCAUGAAUAUUUUUUCCACCUCCUUUUGUCCAGCUUUUCCAUUAGUUUUUUAUUCAAAUCAUUCUUCUCUCCUCCCAGAAAUGUUUUAGUUUUUUGCUAUCAAUGCUUUUUCAAAAAUUCAACUGUAAAAGAUUUACGAACUCAACAAAACUAAAUUUACCAGAGAGAACUUUGAAGAGGUUAAACCAUCAAAAAACGACCCUCAGUGUGUUGUAAUUUGCUGACAGAAAUGUUUGCUGCACUUCACUGCUUGGAAGGUCCGAAACAGCUGAUCUAGUUGUCAUACAUGAAAAUGUUUUGGUAGCGUUGCCAGAAUGUGUGUAUUUUUGCAAUUAAGUAGGCCGUGCCCUCAGGCAUUAACUCUUGGUAACUUAAUUGUGAAAUAGAAGUAUCUCUAACUGUCCAAGGUUAUUACCGAUGCUUAAAGCAAAUAAAAUACACCUUAAAUGUGUAAAUUUUCGAAAAUUGAGACCCAGAUAUAUUUUCAUUUUUCUCCUCUUUUUUCAACUGUAGUUUCGUUGCGACUGAUUCCUUCUUCGAUAAGUUUGUCCACUUCCGUUAUAAUUCUAGUAACAAUUCAUGACUCAAGUUAUCUAUCACAUGCGUCUGUUAAGUCUUAAGUUUACAGCACUCAGCUGUAAAAUUAUUCAUUGCAAUGCAAGAAUCAAGUAAAACUGUCCAAUAGUUGAUGAAAUAAACUGGGAUGCAUCAGAGAAUUAUCUAAUCCCUGAAUUCACAUUUUUAUGGAACAUUAGUAUGAUAAUGACAGUAAAACUGAAUUCUACUGCAACCUCUUUAAAAAUUCAAACUGCAAGUAACUACGCAUGAAAACUCACUUAGCUUACAUUAAAAUUUAAUGUACAUAAAAUUUCCUGACACAAAAGUAAACAUUUUUUAUUUACAUUUAAGUUAAUCGAAAUUUGUGUCAGGAAAUUUUGUAUAUCUUUAACUGUUUCUUCUGAAAGCUGUCCUAAAUGCUGAUGAUGUACAGUAUAAAUCAACAAGUAGCUUAUCUUUUUCUCUUGUCUGUGGUUGUUUCAGUUUACGCCACAUGAACUUGGGAAGUUGGUUUUUUUUUUAAAAGAAUAAAAAUCUACCUCCUCUGAAAUACUAACAAUUUUGGAAAAUUCCAAUAUUCAUUGUCUGGGGCCGAAGGAAAGCACAUUGUCAUUGCUGUUUUGCUAUAUCUACAAACAUUUUAAUUUUUCACAGGAGAACUGUCGCAUGAAUUUAGAGUCUAUUCUCACGAGGGUAAACAUGGUUGCCACAGUCAGAGGAUACUGGGAAAUGUGGAGGAAUUUUAAGAAGUGAGGGAAAAUCUUGGAAAUCUGAGGGUAAAUAAUGGAAGUAUCAAGGAAAAAUUGUCAAGUCAGCUUUAUUUGCUUGAGAGAAUGGGUUUGAGGUUUCGCACAAAUUUGGCCUGACGAUGUUUUUAAAGUAUGCCUCUUUAACCAUCUGGCAUAGCUUUUCACCAAAAUUUUACCUGGAGAAUCCGAGAAGCGUGGCAACCAUGGAAAGAAAAAUCUUCAGGAAAAUUCAUAACACUGUUUUCCCGUGAACAAAUAAAAUGUAAGUAAGAAGCGCUGGAACAGUGCAAUCCAGAUAUGUUCCUUCGUGCGACAGAUGAAGUAUUGGCCCGAAGUUUACAAUCGAUGGUGAAUUUCGGUGCCCAAUUUCUAACCAAAUCAGGUGAAAAACGUUGAGAAACCUUGGAGUGAAAGAUUUCUCUCAUAAAAUAAAGAUAAAUAAGUCUUAUGACUCUAAUUUAGGCCACUUUUAUACUUUUUCACCCUUUCAUUUUAUAUGAUGUUUUAAUGUGUGUCUUGUUAUUUUAGUUUGACGGGAUGAAUUUAUUUUUGGGUGAUUACACUCUUGUAUUUGAGUGAUAGUGUUUUUCCGAUGAAAAUCAUCAGUCUAGCCAGCGAAGUUGGCUCACUGGGGCAUUUUGAGUCCCUAUAUACUUUUCAGGAUUUUUGUUCUUUGUUUCAAGUGGGAAGUUUUUUUUUUUUUUUUGAAAUGCCUCGUUUCAUUUAGAUUAACAAUAGUUUUGGAAAUAGUCAUCUCUGCUUCCUUCCUCCAAUUUAUAUUUCAUAAAUAGAAUUUACCGACAUCAGACACGUCUUCAAAGACUGCCAGCAACAUUUUGGCAUUGGUCAUAUUUUGCAUUUUUCUAUUCAACUACUUUGAUUACUCUAUAUUGUCUCUGCAAAAACUGUUAGUAACUUUUUCCAUAUCUAUCAGGAGACAGUUAAAACUCUCACCAAAGUCUUUUGGCCGUUUGCCUCCAGGGGAGGGAGAUGAGGUUGAGAGAGCAUGUGUCAUGCUGUCUCGUUUAUAUAUGUGAAAGAAUGGAUACCUGCGCCUCAAAAGCGUUAUGAGGGGAAAGGGUGGUUAUAAAAUCCUAAAUUUAGAGUUAUGUAAUCCAUGAACAGCCUCCUCUCUAUUUUUCUGGCAUGGAUUCUGUUUUGUCCAUAAUGGUGUCCAUGAAGUUAUCUACAUGUCAUCAUAAAAGGAUUAUGUAGGUUUUAUUUGUAUUUUGUUGUUUCUUCAAAAUGUUUGAUUCCAUUAUAAAACAUAAAAAAUAAUUGUUUCAGGGCUUUUGUGUCAACUGCUGUGAAAUUUUUCUCUGAACAUCUGUUUGCCAAGAUGAGCAUUAUUAUUGCAGGUUAUCGAAGAAAAUCUCAGUGCUCAUAAUAAAUAAGGGUGACUUUUGUUCCACACUUAGAAUUUGAUAGUUUUCAUCCUAAUGCAAUGCCCACUGUAUCAAAGGGCUUAAUUAUUGAGUGUUAGAAAUAUGUUGUCAGUGGUCAAUCAAAAUGUCUCUUUCAUAAAGAUACCAACUUGAAUCUCUUUCAAAAUAAAUAUCCUCAUGGGUUUAGCGUUUUGUUUGUCCAGAAACUAGGUCAUCAACUAAUCAUUCCAAAACCAACUGAAAGAAUAGUGUAAACAUUCGAGUAGGUUAUCUUUUUGAUAUAAAUCUAUCAAGAGUGCCACAGAUCAUUUUCUCAGUAAUGAGAACAGUCUUAACUCUUUAUUGAUUUGUAAGUUUCAAAACAAAAAAGAAAACUUAAUCUUAUUAAGUAACUAAGCUUUUUCAGAUUUGACUGUUCGGGCAUUGCUUUAGGGUGAUCACAGUCGUUUUUAAACUGCUUUAUAAGAAAGUCAUACUGUGAGCAACCAUUGUAACUAUGUUUUAAGAAACUGCGAAAGCCACCUAAUCUGAGUGUGUUCAUUUAAGCUAAUAAUUUUUAAUUGUCUGUAAGAAUUUCGUUUUAUUCAACUGCUCAAUGUUCUUGGUUUUAUUUUCCAACUUACAAUUUGCUGCCCGAGAAAACCAACCACAAAGCGAUUGAGCUUUCCAUCAUGGUUUUAUGGGAUGUUGCUCUUUGAGGCUUCCUGGAUGUUUUGUGGCGGAAUCCUGGAAACCAUCUAAAUAGUUGCUUUAAUUUGUGCAAUUUUUUAAAGAUUGAUACAUUAUUUUUAAAAAAAAGAAUAGAAGUUACAGGCACUGUUUUCAUUGGCAAAAUUUUCUGUUUUAUAUUUUUUUGUGUCCGAGGGAAAAAUGUCCUCCUAGUGAAUGUUCUUGAUGAUUUACCAAGAAACCAAAGUUUGUCUUUAAUACCAAUGGUCAUAAAAUUUAUUGUCAUUUGACUUCUCUUUUUACAAUUUUCCAUCACCGAACAAUAGGGCUGCAUUCUGCCAUAGGAACUAUAAUUUCUGGCUCAGUUUCGAAACAAUUUAUGCACCAUUAGUUUCCCCAUGCACACAAGUGUUGUUACGGAUGAGCCAGAAAAUGUAGUUCUUUAUUGCAAAAUGUAGUCGGAUUGACACAGUUGUACCCCUCAAUUUCCUGAUCUACACUGAUUGACUACCAAUUUUUGUGAAGAGAAUUCAAUUGCAGGAAACAAAUAAUUCCAUCCAUUAAUUAAAUGUUAUCUUUUAUCACGUAAACCAUAUGCAUUAUAUUGUAUAGUUAGGGUUAUAGAUACUAAUUUUAACUUGUAUCCUAAAAUUCUGUCUACUGAAUGGUGUUUCGUAGAAUUCCUAGGAUUAUUGAGUGAAGUUUGAAAUUAUGAUGAUUGCCUAGCUCUUACUCAGAUAUCAUAAUAAUAUUAAAUAUUAAUCUUGAGUAAAAAUCACCUCACAGCAUAAACUGUGAAUUUAUAGUAAAUUUUUUUUUAUGAAACUAUUUCUAAGGAAAGACAGGAUUACGUUCUCUGAAAUUUCCUUACUUUUGUUAUUUACUUUUAAAGUUGAAUUUUUGGUCUUACUUGUCGCAAGUCUGACGUUCUGCGGCUACAUUUUUUUCUCUGCUGUAAGCUAUGUAAGAGUUUCUGUUUUUUUUUUUUUUUUUUUGUCGCCUUGCGAACUGAAGACUAAUUUAUAACUGCGCAUAACUUUGUGACUCAGGAAGUUUACACGUAAUACGUGGCAAUGGUUUUUUUUUCUUUUCAAAUUACGUCGGCCCUGACCUGACCAAGGUCUACAACUGGAUGAACCACCAGUUUAGCGUCUAAAUCAACCAAUAGAACUGAUAUUGAAAUUUUCUCAAACUCUCUUUAUUAUGCUGCCUUUAACAUUGUCUCUUGUAUCCUGGCCGCAAUAUUUUAUUCUUAAAAGGUAUUUUAUUACCUUAUUUUUUGUUCAGUGAUUCAUUUAUUUUGUGGAGGUCAUGGAGGGCUUUUUGCUCGACUUUCAUUUUAGAAGUUUUCUUUCAUUUAAAGGCCAUUGAUUCUAAAAAAAUUUGACGAUGAGCAGGAAAAAAAAAAAAAACGAUAACUAGGUAUGUCAAUUGCCACUGAUGAAUCCAUCUUUCUCAUCAUACUUUCGUCUUGUACGUAUCAAGUCUGGAAAGAAUGCAGACAUUGUUUCAUUCACCCGUGAAUUUUGAAUCACAGUCUUGUUAUCAAUGGCCUCUGCUCCUGUUCAGAAAACCGUCAAACUUUGUGUUUAAUUUAUUGAUUUAUGAUCAUUACAUGUUGUUAUUCAUAGGUAUAAAAGGAAAUUGAAUUACUACCUAUUUGUGUAUAUUUUGUAUAAAUGUAUUCUAAAUGUUAUCCGACUAACUUGUACAGUUUUUUGGCAAAAUUUUGUAAAAAGAAGGAAGAUGAAAUUAUUGUCAAUCGGUUAUUUUGUAUUUUUCUUGAAAAAUUGUAGAAGGCGUAACAAAUGAGAUCGAAUACAUCUUCGGUUUCAUGUAACAACAAUAAAAUCUGAAUUGUCUGUCUGAAUA